GAAGACCGUUAGCCACGAAUUAAAAUGUUUGCCCGAUGGCCAGGUGCUUUCAGCACAUGAACCACGAAGACAGUAACCGUGGGCUCCAUUUGGUCGUUUCCUUCCGGCUGGACACUUCGUUGACAGCAAAACGAGCCUGCAAGCCCAGCAUUUGUUGUUGCAUAACGCUUCAUAUCACGAUGUGUCUUUCAACACAUUUAUUUUCCUUCCGUCAGUCCUUCAAUCACAGAUCGAGGUGAGCAUUCGUGUUUACCACACAGUCUCUGAUAGGCCGGCAUAGUCCCUCUUCUCUUUUCUAGUCCGAGCCCCUUCACUUGAAUACUUUCCUCGCCAGCCAGUUCCUUCGAUGUCUAUGACUCAGUCCAAAAUCAGCAAUGCGCUCGCGUCACACGACAAAUUAAAUGAACUGGAAGAACUGGGACACAGGCAUUCACCUGAUUCCUCAGCACUUUGCUCAGAGUCUGACCUUCCAGACGGCGGUUUUUGGGCAUGGGCAACUGCUUUCGGGUGUUUUUUGAUACAAUUUUGUGGUUUUGGAUACGUAUCAUCUUUUGGAGUAUAUCAAGAUUUUUACACACGAAUUUACCUGGCCGACCUACCACCGUCUGCAAUAUCAUGGAUCGGUGCAUUGACCUCAUUCCUGGCAGACAACGUGACCUUGAUCUCAGGACCGCUGUACGAUAGGGGGUGGUUCUACCAAUUGAUGAUCGUGGGAUCAUUGCUCCAAGCGCUGUCCUUGUUCGCGUUAUCUUUCGCAAAGCCUGGUCAGUUCUACUUGAUUUUCAUGGUUCAAGGUGUCCUUUCUGGGAUUGGGAUGGGCCUGACAUAUGGUCCCUGCAUGGCAGUUAUCUCUCAGCACUUCUCCAAAAGACGCACAUUGGUGAUGUCUUUCGUCGCGUCCGGUUCACCACUGGGUGCCGUUAUUCAUCCGAUCAUGCUCAAUUAUCUUUUGAAUGGCUCCGUUGGCUUUGCGAGAGGCGUCCGUGCCAGUGCGGGUUUUGUCAGUGCUUUGUUAUUGAUAUCCUGCUUAUCCAUGCGCACGAGAGCACUGUCGACGUCGAAACCGACUGCCAGCUAUAGUGCAGCUGCACGAAAAUGCUCUCGCGAUGUUUUCUUCAUUCUCAUAACCGCUGGGUCAACGCUAUUUCAGAUCGGGUAUUACUUCCCUAUAUUUUACAUGCAACUUGACUCUAUCAAACAUGGGAUCAACGUCCAGUUCUCGUUCUACUCUCUUGUGAUCAUGAAUGGUGCCUGUGUCAUCGGUCGCUGCACGGCAGGAAUAAUUGCAGCGUACACGGGGACUUUAAACUUCACGAUUGCAUCCACUGUUGCAUGCAGUGCCCUCAUCAUAUCCAUGAUAGCGCUGAGGGACGUAGCCAGUGUAGUUGUGUUAGGACUUGCGUAUGGUUACUUCUCUGGAGUUUACAUUGCGCUGAUGGUCCCAUUGGUGACUGCGUUCACGCCUGACUUGUCCGAGCUAGGGGCGCGCUUUGGGAUAUGUUUUGCCUUCACCGGUGUGUAUUAUCCAGCUCUGUUUCGGAACUUCUGACAGUGCGCGAAUGGUCAGCCUUUGGCGGAUUACUCGGCGGCCCAAUAUCAGGAGCUUUGCUUACAUCUCAAUAUAGAUGGUGGAUAGCGUCGCUCUUCAGUGGGCUUAUCUCUUUUGUCGGAAGUGCGAUGUUUGUGGUGACGCGAUUGAUGAUAUACCGUCGACGAUAAAUGGAAGAGAUAAUUUAGCCACCCACAGCCGGUGGCAAAGAGGUGAACCACUUGUUCUAUGAGCGAUUUCUGUUCAGGUUCGAUAUAGAUUGUGUCGUGCUUGUCGAUUUAACAUAUCCUUGUGCUCAGUCGGUGGCACCAGGAUAUCAUGACAUACACCUAUGCACACUUUCACAAUACAUAGAUUAUACUCA